AUGGGCUGCACUCCCAGCAAGGUGGUGGCCGCCGAGCCGCCGCCGCGCGAUGGCCUGCCGGGACCGACUGGCGCACCGCGAAACACGUCGUUCGCGGCUCACGGCCGCUGGCCGGAUCGCUUUGCACAUGAGAGAGCCAAGAUUUGCAUUGUCGGUGCUGGCGCAUGCGGACUGCUCAUGGCACGGAAGCUGCAGAAAAUGGGCUACCAGCACGUGCACGUGUACGAGCAGGCCGGCCGCGUGGGCGGCUACGCAACCACAAUCGAGGUGGACGGACGCUACUUCGACGUCGCCACCAAGUACAUUCCGACCGCGACCGCGCACGGCAAGGGCGCAAUCCCGCCCUUUCAGGAGAUCAUGGACGAGUACCAAGCGAAGCACGGGUUUACGUACGAGAAAACGCCAGGCAUCGGGUUCUACUCGUCCGAGGAGAAGGCCCCCUUGACGCUCCCGCCUCAGCUCGAGAAAUUCUCCCCGUUGCAGAUCGUGCAAGAGCUGAUUGCUGGCUUCGACAUGGUCUUCAAGCUCUAUCACUCGGUGGGUGUCGGCUCAGUGAUCGAGGACGGCAUCGCACUUCCCGGUGAGACGUGCGAGGAGUGGGCAAAGCGGAACAACUUGGAGGCCUUUGGCAUCGUAUGUGCGCUCAUCCAGGACGCCUUUGGCGCCGGGCCUACCCUCGACGGCUCGGCAGCGUGGCACAUGUCAUACCGUGAGCACUACAUCGUCGCCGGCAUCUACAAGGUGCUCCACGGCGCUCUGAAUGCCGGCGGCCUGAAAGGGCUGGGGGUGCAGCUCAUCACCAUGGUCAAGGCGCACCCCGUGCUCAAAGAGCUGCUGGACGAGCAGCUGGACGACUACGUCGUCUUCACCAAGGGCUUUGAGAACUUCUGGAAGCUGAUGCAUCAGGUCGAGCAGAUCAACGUCAGCCUCAAUACGGCCGUCACAUCGAUCGCGCCCGCCGUCGACGGACGUGUGCAGGUGGCGUCCGACAGGGACGGCACGGAAGCCGCCUCGGAGCUGUACGACACGGUCAUCGUCACGACGCCGCCAAAGGUGUACGACCGCUUCUUACCGACGGGCCACCCGAUGUUGCAGCUCGCUCGCGAGUGCGCGAACGACCAGGGCAUCGAGGUGUGGCUGGUACGCGUGGGCAAGUCGUGGGACGCUGCGCGCUUUGGCACGGACGCGGCGGCCUUCAUCCUGACCGGGCAGGGGAAACACCUGGCGACCCAUGACAUGCCGCGCAAUGGGAAAGUGUACGCACUUAGCAAGGCGUACGCAGACUCAGACGUGGUGUGCGCGCUAGCGUACAAGGACCCAGCGCUACCUGCGCUGCCCGAUGCGCGUGAGGCCAAGGAGAAUGUUCUCAUCGAGUCGAUGCGCACGGAUGCGGACCUCGAGGUCACGACGGUGAUUGGUGUGUGGGACUUUGCUGUGUGGCCGACGCAGGUGCCCGCUGCCGCUGAAAAGGCUGGCUGGUACACCAAAGUGAAGGAGCUCCAGGGCAAGGACGGCAUCUUCUUCCUGGGCGAGCAUCUGUUCUCUGCGGGAGUGCAGAGCCCGGCCGACUGCGUCCCUGAGUUUUGCGAGGCGCACUUUUGA